CCCAAAGCAAUUUGAAUCGCAUCUUUUUAUCGGGAAAAUCUAUUGCCAGAUUCAAAUUUUAGUGCCUGUAGAUUCUCGUUCAAUGUCGGAAUUUCGUAGAUGGACGACUUGUUUCGGGAAACUUUUCGUUGAUCCUAGCGAGGGCUCUUUCACAGUGACUGACUUCAAAGGUGGAAAAAGUGAAGAGCACAAGUUUUUCGCCAAGGAGUUCACGUCAUUUGCCAACCCUCCGAAUUUCGCUUCUGCUCAGCAAUUCACUUUGAGAUUCGAUUUGAGCAAGCAGCAUUCGGCUAAAUAUCAAAAACGGCGGCACGCACUCGUAAUCAAAAUUCCUGAUCGUAGUCGGAAAAUUAAGGAUAUCUACGACGAGGUGAAGAAAGCAUUUGACAGUAAAAGUCACCGUUCCCGACAUAUGAACACAUCGAAUGCCUCACCUCUGGGCAUGCUUCGCAGCUUUCCUAAUCCCUCAAAGUCACGGUCAGAGCACCGACAUCGUAUUCCGAAGUUCGUUUUCGAUGAUCCCUUGCCAAACUGCUCAGGUCCGCUAUCCCCGGGACCGGUGUUCAAAAAACCACCCAGCUUUGUCGGAAAUAAGUCCGCUCACGAGCCCAAGAAUUUGAACAGUGUCCCGGACACUUCGUCAGGAAUAGCUACUGAUAACGCGGGGAAGAGUCGAGGCCUUGAGAAUGCUGCUGCUCAAACGUCUGGAAAACCUAGCGGCAGCUCUGGCGAUGUGAUCGAAAUAAUACCUAUAGAAUCUAAACGCUCGAAAACUGGUUCGAAACCGGCUUCUUCAGUAGGCAGCAGAGGUAGUAAAUCAAUGUCAAGAUCAAAGCCAGCAACUAAUGACAUACCAAUCGUGGAUGUAGACGAAGUGGCUGGUAUCUUGAAGAGUCCCACUUCGAAAGAAUUCAAUGAGCCAGAGCCAGGAACUGUUGAUAAGAAUCAGUCGAAAACUCAAAACAGCAGAAAAUCCAGUGAAUUGGAGAAGACUUCUCAAGGAAGCAUCAUCUCACUCGUCGAGCAGGAUGCUCUCAGCACAUCACACAUUCGAGUUAGUGCUCCUUUUGACAAACGAAUUCACACUGUCACUUUCAAGCAAAAGCGAAGUGGUCGUAGCCCUACCAAACCUACUUUAGCGAAGAGACUUGCCUCCGAGUUUAAUGAUGAGCCUAUCCCCAGUGACGCCAUGAUCGAUCUCGAUGGCCUUAGCUCCUCUUCGUUUUACGGUUCCCAAAAACCUGUAUCGAAUAGAAAGCAAGUGGCAAAAUGCGAGAUCAUCAGCCCUCGUCCACAGUUAUUGGCCGAUUCGAUCUCCUCAUCUCGUUGCCUGAUGAGUCCGCCAUCUGGAUCAAAAGGAUUUCCGACUUCUUCCUUGCACAUCAGCAGGGAAGCAGUAACACCCAACCGCAAACGAAAAGAAGUGAAUGACACAGUACCUAAAGACUUCUUAAAUGAUAGCGAUGUAUUCAACAGUUUAUCUCCACCGCCAGCAGAACACCAACCUUCACCUUACUCUUACCGAGGGCUGGAGAACCUCACAAAUUCUUGCUACAUGAACGCUACUUUGCAAGCGCUUGCGUCUGUAUAUCCGUUUUACUACCGCAUGCAGAUGAUCCAGCAGCGUCGUGAAGACGGUGGCGAGUGUUCUGAAUUUGUUAGGAGGUUCAAUGACGUGCUGCAUAAUCUUGUUUCCCCAGACCGAGAGUCAGAUAUGAAAUACGGCUGCGCUACAAAAAUCUCGGUGCUUGAAGCUUUGAGAGCAGCCGCUGGAAGAGAGCUUGGAACAGAUCCUGAUUUUGGUUCUAGCAUGCAACAGGACGCGCACGAAUUUCUCGCAAAGACGUUGGAAGCUCUCGAGAAAGAGUCACUACGAAGAAGGCGAAUCAUUAAAAAUGAGAAGACAGUGGAUUCAUCGCCUGAGUGUUCACUACCGGCAGCUUCAAGUAGAAAUCCAGCAGGAGUUUUUCAGCACAAGAUCAGAGACAGGUUUGGCUGCGAGCGUUGUGCUCGUGCAAGUGAAAUGACAAAUGAUGCCAUCGAUCUCACAGUAACUGUGAGCGCGGGAGAAUCCAUCCAGAAGAUGAUUGAGAAUGCUUUAGCAAGGGAAGAAAUAGAGUUCAAAUGCGAUCAUUGUGGCACAGGCGCUGGCUUUAUGAGUCGAGCCUUCGCUACAUUACCACAGUCUCUGAUCGUUGUUGUCAAACGCUAUCGUUUUGGUGAAGCUGGCGGCAGUAAGGUUGAAGAGAGAAUUGGGGUCAGUCGAGAACUGUUUCUGAAGGACCUCUUUGUCGACUCAGAUGUAAAAAAGCAGGAAGGCAUUGCCAGGCGAAGCUUAUCACAAUCGGUUGCACCGUGCAUAAGAGAGCCUAGAGAAAAUGGGCGUGGGCGUUCUGAUGACAGCGGUGUCAGUUCUGAGGUAGAAAGCGCUAGAAGAUUGAAGGGGUGUCCUCAGGCUGAGCAUUUCGUGUCGAAGAUUUCAAACAGUUCAGCUGCCAAGGAAUUGGCCCAUAUAAACGUUUUACAAAUUUCUCACAGUUCUGGUGCCACAGAGCAAUGUGAGAACGCUAGGAGCACCACCGACGUUGCAACUAUCUCCGACUCUACUUUCAUCAACUGCACUUCGUCCAAUUCUUUGGAAAAUCCAGUUCUUCCCGCUAAAAGUGGGGAUUCCACCAGUCAAGCUGAUGUAACAUCGCGCACUUCUCGCCUGGCUCUGUCGCCGCUGAAAAUGAACCGUUCAUGUUCGGCGAGGGAUGAGAAGCUGAAUGAUUCCUUCGGAUCUCCAAAGCUUGUCAUCGUCGACGAUGUCACCAUGGAAACAAGUGAAGGAGUUGUCGACCGUCUUGAGAAGGAGAACGCGUUGUACAGUCCCUUGAAGUUGGUACCAGAAGUUGAAGGCAGAGUGAUCAAGCAAAGCGGCGGUUAUCUGAAAGAUUCUCCCGAUGUUGGGAGUGCUGGCAGUGGCAACGGUUCUACAGCAUCUCAUGAGGUGGCAGACGUUCCUAAUGAUAUCGGAUCUGCUUCUACUCAAUCAGAUGACAAUGUUUUGGAGAAGGAUGUAAAUUCUCUGAAGCUUAGUGAUAGUAGAGAUGUGCCGAGUAAACGAGCUCGCCUAGAGAGUACAGGGCCGGAAAAAUCACAGAAUUCUACGGCCGACUCUAUCAUCGUAGAGCCAAGCACCUCUUAUGCUCGUCAAGUUACUGAACCUUUGAGACCAUCAUCAAGCAUCAUGAGCUGCAUACAAACACCCACAACUCCAUCAAGAGAACAAAUUUCAGUUGUGGGAGAAGUUGAGGAAAGAAGUAUGCUCGUUUUCCGACCUGUGACAGAGGAGCGACAGAAAGCCUGGUGCGAACGGCUUGGAUUCGCAUAUGUUGGCUCUUUGGAUCGCCGCAAGAGAAUGUUUGGUAGAGAGAUCGAGUUCUCUUUGCGAGACAUCCCUCAAAGCUGUGAAGUGCGAGGAGACGGAAAUUGUCUGUUCCGCACACUCUGCUGGUGGAUCACAGGUGGUAGCGAACGCGAAUACGUGCUUCUACGCAAAAAGCUGAUCGCAUUUAUGACUAAAUAUCGCUCGAAAUUUACUAGCUUGCUAAUGAGCCAACAAGAUAUGGAUACUCAUCUGAUGAGAAUGGCAGAGGAUGGCGAAUGGGGAACUCAAGUCGAGUUAGCAGCGGCUGCUUGUUGGUUAAACGUGAACAUCUACACAUUUCUUGAGGGAAAAUGGUUGCGAUAUCGACCUCUCUUCCGAUGGAAGUCGGAUGGGAGUUCGCCAAUCUCUAUGUCACGAAAUGAGUGCAAUGACGAUACAGGAGCCAUUUUCAUAUGCAAUGCCAGCGGCUGCCAUUUCCAACCAGCGGUCAGCGUUGAACCUCGAACUGUUAAGCGUAGCUUGCGGCCGCGACGGGACAGAGACAUACUCAAGGACCCAUCUCCUUUGCGUUCCACACCGGAGCCUCCUUAUGUAUUCAAUGUUGCCGACGGUCCUGUUUACUCUUUGUCUGCUGUAAUUUGUCAUCAUGGAGAUUCCCUUUUAACCGGACACUAUUCAACAUUUGCUUUGGACGCGACCCGGCAAGAAUGGUUGGAUUGUAACGAUCAUAUAAUCACAAAGGUUUCCGAAACAGAAGUUAUUGAUAAUUCGUCCUCGUCCGGUUACAUAUUCAUCUACAAUCGCGUCGAAGAUCCUUUGAGCAGAUUAUGAUGUAGCUAUUUUUGCAUAGCGCCACCGUGAAGUCAAGCGGAUAGUCAGUGGUUGUAAAAGUCGAAGAUUAAUUAUCUGCAAAAAUUUCUGCCAUGAUCUAAAAGUGUUGUGUGCAAUAUACUCCCGUGUUUAAAUUAUUUCCCGUGUGUAUAUAGUUUCUGAUUGCCUAUUGUACCACCCUCCUUCUGAACCUGUGCUACUCCAGUGAAUCUCAAUCUCUCAACAUACCUAUCAGUUGAUUUAGUCCCAUCAGUCGACUGAGUUGGGCAUUGCCUGCCAGAGUAAUCUAUUAGUAUCUCAUGCGUCGAUUGGUAUUCUACCUCUUUUUGUAUAGCCAUUCGACCUUUCUUUAUCUGAUGCGUACCCUGUUUGAUUCUUUAUUAGCAUGCAUUUCACCUGUUUCAAAAAUCUUGUUCUGAUAAACUCACUUUUGAUCAAAAUGUAUUUGAUUUUUUUCAAUGCUGAGUUUGUCGUAAUGUUAUCUCUCACACAUGCC